CAGCAGCAGCAGCACAGCUGCCAGGCCUGCCCGCCAGCCCGGCCGGUCAUCGUGAUUCGAUGCUGAGGACGCGGUACCGCAAGCUACGUGCUUCUGCCGGCGAGACAUUCACCUCCGCCCUUCUGCGCGCGCAGCAGCACUCCUUGCCUCCCGCGACUGCCUUCUCGGCACGCAUCCUCCAGCUCCAGCAUGCGGCGAGCCGGCAAGAGCAUCGUGCGCGGAGGGCGGCGCCAGGCCAAUGGUGAGCGUUUCGAAUCCCCCUCAGCCGCUGCAUGGAUAUGUACUAACAACCGACUCCUCGAGCCUUCGAAUAGCCUUUCGACUGCUCGGCCACCAGAGAGCUGCCACGUUGCAGAGCGGAGACGGCCAGGGAAGAUCUAGCCUGCGCGUUGCAGUACCUCCGAACCUUUGCCCUGCACUGAUGACCACGCCUGCGGGACAGACUCAAGCCAGACGAAGCCGUUCUUGACAAGUGUGCCGCAUAUGCGAACCAUCGCUCUCUCCUCGCCACUCGCCCGUGCUGCUUCUGCUCUGGUCCGCCCAUCCUCUGCCGCCGUCGAGCGGUAUCCUCCCGAGCCCGUGCUGUGCGGCGGCCUCCAGAGGACAAUGGGCAGACCGACGGCCACCCACCACCACCAUGCUCGCCAGUAUGCUGACUCGAUCCUGCAGCGCCGCGAGAUAAGAUGACUGUUAGCUCAUGUCGACCCUCCACUUCGGCAAGGUUCUUCGACCAGUAUCACCUGGCCACCGAACGUCACUGUCCGUGCAUUCUGUGUACAUCGCUAGCCUCGUAUGGCUCAACCUUUCCUGCGGCACCAGUCCAGUGGUCCCCUACCUGCGUCAACGUCUCGAGUCUCGCGCACCCGAUGCAUUGUUGUGCGUCGAGCUAAACAUGGUGCUGCAGCCUUCGGUCGAUGUCAUGCUCCAUCAUGCCGCUGCUGGCGGAACCACCGACCGACACAGCAUGGCGAGCCUGAGGCCGCGCGCAGCUCGUGCACACGUCCUCAGGUGAUGCUUCCGCUAUCGGCGGCUCAGCACUUUGAAUGGUGGUGCCAGGCACGUCUUCUGUUCAGAGACAAAGGCCAAUGGCUGUCAAAAAAGUGUACCUGACGUUGCCAAAGGUCUAAGGCAUCGGCACGUGACGACAAGCCUCCUGAAUCCACUAUCUCCUUCCGCAUACACUCUGGUACCUCGCGGUUCACGCCUACGCUCAGAGAACGCCAUGUCCACUUCAAGUGGACCUACGGGACAAGGACGUGGUGAGAGACUUACGACACCAAGGGGCAACAAGAGGCGGAGAGCAUGCCACGCUGCUGUUGAUCGCGCCAAAGGCAAUAUCAAGCUGCAUCGUCCGGGCAAGCGACGAGGCCUAGAUACCCUCACACCUGCUCGCACGAACGCUCUAAACCCAAAUCGAGACGAUCCGAGCCCCCCGGAGGUCCUAGUUGGCUCGAUUGUGCCGAUGCUGAGCAUGCAAUGCAUUGCUGGCUCGACGCAUGUGAAGGAGCUACGGGCUCAACUCGCCGCGAGGAUGGACCAAGAGAGUAGUCACCGCGAGCUCUGGCAAAGGGCAGAAAAGCAUAAAUAGCGGCAUGAUGGCAGCGUUAGGUCCAGUUCCUCUCAUCAACAUCUCCCAGCCACUUCUCCCUUCGCGUCCUCAGACACCCAGACCACGAGAGACUUUCUGCGUCCGGAUUUCCAUCAACACUAGUCACUCAAGCUCGUGCAUAAGCACAGACAACCAUACUCAGAUCAACAUCGAUUUGACAUCAAGCCCCAAGUUUCAUUGAAAAUGUGCUUCUUCGAGUGCUACAAGUUCUCCUGCCGCGACUGGAAGUGGGGCAACUUCAAGCAACACUGCAACAGAGAAUACCGCACAGGUGAAACCUGCGGCAUGAAACUCCUCUACUGCACCAUCGACUUGGCAGACAAGUGCGCCUUUUGCGAGAAAAUCGAAAAGAAGCUUCGAAGGCGCGAGAAGGCCAUGUCCGACCGUGCACGCUGGAUGCAGGAACCCCAACGUUUCAAGGCUUCGAUUGAGAAGGCUACGGAAGAUAUUGCCACUUUGGAGCGGGAAAUCACUAGCAUUCAAGCCGAGAAGGAUCGGAGGUAUCAGAAUGUGGGAAACACGAAGAGGAGUGGUUGAAAACUUUUCCGAUGUUUGUCGGCAUCGGAUGUUGCUUUUUCUUGGCGCUUCUGGUUGCUCGGUUUCAGGUUCACUUUUCGGUUGUAACAUCACCACUCGAUCAAGUCGUUACAUGGAUUCCCGAAGGUUGUGAGGAGAGGUGAUGAUGCGUCGGUAGUGUUGUGCGCCUUUUCUUGGCGUGCUCGCUGCAGGGGUUGUUCUCUGGUGUGGGGCGAUUUUCUUUCGUUGGCUCUUCGAGACUGAAAAGACACCAUAGCUUUAGCUACUUACGAAUUUCACGACCA